AUGGAUCUUGAAGAUAUAGAUUCAACCAGUUCAGAUGAUGACGACAUUUUUGGUUUUAGUACUCCAAAGGUGAAGAAAUAUACUCGAGAUAACGCAUCAAAUUCACAAUCAAAUGGUUCUAACAUUUCACCUGCAUCCCGAAAACCAAUAAAGUCAACGAGUUCACUACCUAAAACCACCAAUAAGGUUUAUACCGUCACGAAAUCUAAUAGCCAAAUAUCCAAUAAACCGCGUUUAAAAAGAGAAAAUAGAUCAAAAUUAAGCGAUGAUAUUUUUGACAUUGAUGUACCCACAAUUUUUAAGACCGAUGGUAAUAAAUUAAGUAAAAUCAACAAAGAGCAUCAAAAAAUUAAAGAAAUUUUUGAGAAUCAGAACAAAAUUGAACAAAGUAUAAAAACACACCAUGAGAAAUUGAAACUUCAAUUAUUGAAUGAAUUAAAUGAGGAGGAGUUUAUUGACGAAAAUGAUAAUUCGAUUGGAUACAAUGGGCUGCACAAAAAUUCAGUAAAGAAAUUCGAUAUUGUAAGGGAUAAUUCAUAUUUGGAAAAAUUAAUUUCAAAAGACAAAUCAAACAUCGAUGGGUUUGGGAUAAGCAGACACUUUUUUUGUUUGAAAAAUGUUGAAGUAGAUGAAAACACAAAACUGGACCUCAAUCCAACCAACUUAAGCAUCAAAAGAUCCCUAAAGUUUUUAAUAUCCAACAAUCCAGAGUUGGCCGUUGAAAAUAUACUAAAAAGCUUUCCCGAUCCUAAAAGUUUUAUAAUUAAAAGUCUAUUCCUGACCAACUUACAAUAUUUGAAUUCAAUCAUUGAAUAUUAUAACUCAAUCGACGAAGACAGCUCACUAUUUAUUGGAAACGAGGAUUUUGAUAAUUUGAUCAGCACAUUCGGACUUGACUCAAAAAUCAUAAGUCUCUCAUCAUUUAGGAUAUUGAGUAGUGAUAGUCUUAAUCUUCCGAUAAAAAUUUCCGAAAUAAAUAACAAUUUAAAUGUCCAGUUGUCAAGAUUUACAAUAAUUUUUCAUGCUAUUUUGAAUAAUCAAAGAGAAAAGUUCGAUUUUCGAAACUUGAUAACGAUUUUUAUUUGUAUUUUGAAUGAUUACAAUGUAAAUAAGAAUGAAUUAAGACUGUUACAUCAAUUUAUUACAAGCAUAUUCCCCAUUUUUGUGAGAAAAUUAGAUGAAAAUGUUUUGCUUGAUUUGUUAUUUGAUACAAUCGUAAAUAUAAAAACCAAUUUUGGGUCAAACGAUUCUGUGGAAAGGGUUAAAAAAAUAGACUAUGAGUUGCAAUAUAAUAUAAUCAAACUUCUUAAUAUCACAUUUUUAACAGAUAAUCUGAAUCAAAUAAACCUACGACUACAAAAUUUGAAUAAAUUGAGUAACAUUAUAGUUGAACUAAAUUUAAGAUUUAUACUAAGUGAAAAUUAUAAUAAUAAAUUAACUACAAAGCAUUCGAAAGCGAACAUCAUCUAUCAAAUUGCAAAUAACUUGGUAAUUCCUGAUGACAUAACAAACUCAUUGCAUCUUAAUGACCUCAAUCUGGCUAAUCUUGUGUAUUUGUAUUAUUACAAAAUCAAAGUUUUAAUGUUUUUACUAAUAAAUCCAUUCAACCUAAAUUCAACUAAAGCUCAAAACAUCAAAUCAUUAAAAUCUUUAAAAGUUUCAAUCGAAAAAAUUCAACAUAAUUGCUAUGAAUUGAUAAGAAAAUUGGGUGGAAUCAAAAUAGAUCUAGUAAUUGAAAAUAUGAAUAAAUCCAAUGACAAUGGUGCCACAAAAUUUCAGUACAGUUUUGACAGAGAAGAAAUGGUCAAUUUUUUGACUGAUAUUCAUCAAGAUUUAAGUUUUCAAAUUGAUAAAUUAGACUAUGAUUUGAAGUUAGUCAGCAACGAUUUCUUCUACCUGGUUUAA